AUGCUUCGAAAAAUGAACCCAACAAAGCCUAGAAACCAGUCUUCUCGAUCGAGACAUGCACUCAAGAAGCACAGGCUGCACAAGUCUUAUUCCUUAGCCGACAAAGUGAAAUUCAUUGAAGCCGUCGAUGAACUACGAGCAAAAGGGUUCAAAGUCUCUGUUUCUUCCAUUGGAGCAGACGUGAAUUCGCUACCCCUCCUAGCUAGUCAUGCAGUCAAACGCAAGUUCGAUCGAAACAUGGAACCCGCGGAAAAUGCUUUGCUGGAGUGGUUCGCUGCUGAAAGAGACCUCGAUCUCAAUGUGACUGAUAACCGCUUGCGAGGAAUGGCAGAAAUCACCAAGCAAAAGGAUAUCGGGGUCCUCAAUUACCUCACUAUGAACUACUGUGAAGGGCCUACAGAGUCGAUCCUCGACGCUGUUAAGAUGAUAACGACAUCUGAAAAGCACAAGCAUCGCUUCGUCCCAUACAAUGAAGAUGAUAUUGUCUACGAGGACGAUAAUCUAGACGAUGACGAAGAUGGUGUUGACUACGAAUCCAGUGUUCUUGACUCAGAUCCCCAAGGGCUAUCAGACGAGCUCGAGUCACCUCCAUCCAGUCCGACGAUAAAUGGAGCUACAAGAAAACUUUCAGCGAUUUAUGGAUGCUUGGGGCAAAAUCGAUGA